AUGAUGAUGACGUGCCGUCUGCUGUGCGCCCUGUUGGUGGUUGCUCUGUUUUACUUCUCUUCCGCGCGAGCUACAGCAAGCGAGGUUAAACCUGAACAAGAAGUUAAUGUACAUGUUACUGUUUCAGAAGUGCUAAAUGAGCUCGGUGGGGAACAUAAUUCGGAUACGGAUGUUGAUGAAUUACGGUCAGGAAAAACGGCGUCCGGUGCGGGAGAUAAUGCAAAUGGGAUGCUUCCUAGUAACUCAGGACCACUAGUUCCGAUGGUUGAUACGCUAAAGUCAGAAAGUCCGAAGGAUGUUCAGGAGCAGGCACUUGAUGGGGUCACUGAGGCGGCAAAAGAAGGAAAAGAGAAAUCCCUUAAUCCAGAAGUAACAGAUACAUCCGAUGCGCAGCAGUCAACAAGUUUGACUGCUGUAAGGAAGGUAUCAGAGAGCGAGACCACUGCCGCAAAUACGACGACCACUACUACCACGACAAAUGCGCCAACUACAACGACGACCACUGCGCCACAGGCAACAGGUAUUACGACUACAGCGGCGCCAACGACGACGACCACCAGCGCACCGUCACCUCUUCGCGAAAUCGACGGCAGCCUCAGCAGCUCUGCGUGGGUGUGUGCCCCGCUGCUGCUUGCCGUAUCCGCGCUGGCGUACAACACUGUGGGCUGA